AUUGAAAGCGAAACUACAUUAAAAGAAAUAAUGUAGCAGUUAUGGCGGUUUAAAAUUGGACCAUGCGAUUGUCUCCAGUUCCUUCCAUGGUUCUCUUCUCAGCCACGUGGAGUUUCCCGCUCCUCUGACGAUGAUGGCCAAAUUCACAUAGCAAAGAACAACAUGGUGGCAUUCAAUUGCCUCACAAUUAUAGAUUUUUAAAGUUAUUGUGCAUUUUUCGAUGAAGAUACAUAACAAUUUUGUGAAAUGAUGGCUUCAUUGUUGCGGUGUUUGAUUUGGCUAAGCAUGUCCUUUGGAUAGACACUAUAUAUAUAUAUAUAUUUAUAUAUAGUGAGUCUGGAUCUGGGUGGAGAUGAAGAUUUCAGCACUUUUGACUUCUGCUGGAAUCAAUAUAGGUGUGUGUUUGGUACUUGUGUCGUUAUACUCGAUAUUGAGAAAACAACCAAGUAAUAUAAGUGUUUACUUUGGGCGGAGGAUUGCUACCGGUCGCUCAAGGCGAAAUAUUGAUCCUUAUUGCUUUGAGAGAUUUAUUCCUUCUCCGAGUUGGGUAUUGAGAGCCUGGGAAAGUACUGAACAAGAGUUUUUUAAUAUUGGUGGGUUAGAUGCUGUGGUUUUCCUCAGGAUUGUGGUUUUUAGUAUUAGAAUUUUCACUAUAGCUGCACUCACUUGUUGUUUUCUGGUUCUUCCGGUGAAUUAUUAUGGUCAAAAGAGGCAGUACCAACAAAUUCCAUUGGAGUCAUUGGAAGUAUUUACCAUCUUAAAUGUUAAAGAAGCCUCAAAGUGGCUUUGGGUUCAUUGUCUUGCAUUAUAUAUCAUAACAUGCUCAGCUUGUGUGCUUCUUUACUUGGAGUAUAAAAGCAUUUCGAAAAUGAGGCUUGCUCAUAUUAGUGAAUCUCCACCAAACCCAAGUCAUUUUACGGUUCUAGUUCGUGCUAUUCCUUGGUCUGUUGAAGACUCGUAUAGUAAUAGUGUGAAAAGAUUCUUUAUGAAAUAUCAUGCAUCAGCAGGUUAUUUGUUUCACCAAAUGGUAUAUAAAGCUGGUACAAUUCAGAAAUUGAUGAAUGAUGCAGAGAAAAUGUACAUGAUGUUUAAGGAUGUUUCUGCAAUUGAAAAGAAUUGUGCACCUAGUUUAAUCCAUUGCGGUACAUCAUGUGUUGUAGAGCAUUCAAAUUCUUUUAAGAUCCUUUCUUCUUCAGAUCAGGAUAAUGUCAAGGGAAAAGUUGUUCAUGACUUUUGUGAUGAUAUGGAUUUUCCUGGAAGUAGUAAAAAGGAGUGUGCCACUGCUUUUGUGUUCUUCAAGACGCGCCAUGCAGCCGUUGUUGCUUCACAGGUUCUUCAAUCAUCAAAUCCCAUGUUAUGGGUGACAGACAUGGCGCCUGAACCACAUGAUGUUUAUUGGUCAAACCUUUGGAUACCAUUUGGGCAACUCUGGGUUCGUAAGAUAGCAAUUCAUAUCUCUGCCAUUGCCUUCAUGCUAGUGUUUCUUAUUCCAGUUACCUUUGUUCAAGGCAUGACUCAACUAGAGCAGUUACAACAAACAUUUCCAUUUCUUAAAGGAAUUUUAAAGAAGAAACUUGUAAGUGGGUUGUUUACAGGUUACCUUCCAAGUGUGAUUUUGAUGUUAGCUCUUUAUACAGUUCCACCAGUUAUGAUGUUAUUUUCAGCAGUAGAAGGAACUAUAUCAAGAAGUGGGAGAAAGAAGAGUGCAUGUUGCAAAAUAUUGUAUUUCACAAUAUGGAAUGUGUUUUUUGUCAAUGUCUUUACCGGGUCUGUAAUCCGCCAAUUGAGAGUCUUUUCUAGUGUGAAGGACAUACCUGCACAGCUUGCUAUUGCUGUUCCAGCUCAAGCAGGUUUCUUCUUGACUUAUGUUUUGUCAUCUGGUUGGGCAAGCUUGGCAUGUGAAGUCAUGCAACUUUACCCUCUCCUUUGCAACUUGAUAAAAAAAUUUAUACUAAGAAUCGACUCAUCAUCAGUCUCACCAAGUGAUGCUCUCUCCUUUCCAUAUCAUACCGAAAUUCCAAGACUUUUGCUAUUUGGAUUCAUUGGCUUCACAUGUUCUAUCUUGGUUCCCUUAAUAUUACCCUUUUUGCUGGUUUAUUUUAUAAUGGCAUUCUUUGUCUACCGAAACCAGAUUCUGAACGUGUAUGUUACAAAAUACGAAAGUGGGGGACAGUACUGGCCUAUUGUUCACAAUACCACUAUAUUUUCAUUACUGUUAAUGCAAAUAAUUGCUCUUGGGGUUUUUGGAUUAAGAAAGUCUCCAGUUGCAUCAGGUUUCACCAUUCCACUGAUUAUUUUCACUAUUCUUUUUAAUGAAUACUGUCGGCAGAGAUUCAACCCCAUUUAUAAGAACCAUGUUGCAGAGAUUCUUAUUGAUAUGGAUCAGAGAGAUGAGCGAUCUGGAGCCAUGGUAGAAAUCCAUCAAAUGUUGCAAACUGCCUACUGCCAAUUCACAGUGAAUCCUCAUGACAUUUUCAAAUGUGGAUGUUCAAAUCAUCACGAUGAUAACCUUUGCGUCCCGGUUCCAAGCCAAGAGAAUUGUCCAGAAGAAUCAGCUAGCCACAAGUGAAAAGAGCUUUUUUUCUUUGUUAAUAUUUUGGUGUGCAUAUUUACACCUUUGUAAAAACUGUAGUCAUCAUUAAGUUGAGUUAAUGUGCUUGUGAAAUUCUUAGACACAAAAACCUAUUGAAACUGCUUAGAAUAUCUUAGUUAAAAGGUUCUGAGUUUUUGGAGAGCCAAAACUUGUUGUUCUGAAAAUUCAUUAUUGAAUCCAGCAAGAGCUGUGGUUAUUAAAUUGGCUGCCUGUAACCCCCUAUGACUUCAUGGGUUUUUAAACAAAAAUCAAAUCAACAAGGCCAGUCCUGAUAGAUGAUUUGUGCUGUUUACUAACUUUCAGUGCAUAUUUCUUUUUCCAUGGAGAUAAGUAAAAAAAGUUGUUCAAAACCAAUAGCUAGUAUGAUAAUAGUUUUUAUCAACUUCUCCAUAACAUUAACCUAACAUUUUUUAAACCCAAUGGCAAAACUGUUAUGGUUAUUUUUCUCCCUAACCAUUCAGCACCAAAUAUUGAUAUUUGUUUCGAGAAUCAAUGUUUGGACCGGUCUUUCUUCCAAUUACUAGUGUUUAUUUAGGCCCUUAACGAGAUGUGUUUGACCUCCUCAAUGACUACAAGCUUGGGAUUUAGAAACAAUAACAAUGUUAAUGUAAUAUUCCGACUCUUGUAAGUUAUAAAGAUAUCACGCUGUUAAUCAACCUCAAGGAAGAAGAAUAACUUACCUUGUUCAAGGUUCCAUUCUCAAGUUUCAGAGAAAAACCAAAUAAGAAUAAUAAAAACCUAGAUCAAUUUAAAUAAAUAAAAAAUCAUUUAUAACUUUUUGAACAAUGAACUUUCAUAAACUGAGUAGAAACUUUACCAAAGACUCACUCGUAGUCAAAAUGGGUGUUGAGGGUUCAAAUCUCAGCAAUUAAAAAACAAAACACAAAACAUGAAAUUCUUAUUCGAAAUAAAACCAAAUUGUUUUUUCAGACUUUGAAUCAGAGCUGAUCUGCUUUAAUAUUGAGCAAUUUUGAAGGAAAACACAAAACAAUAAAUUACCGUAAUUGAAUCACUACACUACUAUACUAUGAGAUUUUGAUCACAAUGGUUAUGAAAACGUAUAUAUAACUAAAAGAAAAUAGAGAAAAUUUAGGUCGUAACCAGGCCCUCUAAUCAAUAGCCGAAGCAUCAAAGAGUGCAGACAUGCGGACCUUAAUUUAAUUUCCGUGCACACUACCAUGCUUCCUUCAUCCUUUAUCAAGUUCCAGAGCAUCGGCUUAUUGUGCACGGUUCCAUUCACUAAUCGAAAACUAUAACUAAAAUGUUAAGACAGAAUCAAAAACUAAAUGAUAAACAAGAAAUGAAAUCUAAAUUGAAGAACAGUAACAAAAGAAGAAUGAAAAUCUGGCUGGCUGCUGCUUUUCUCAGCACCGUCCGCCACCGU